AUGGAAAAGCUCUUUAAGCGAAAGCGACUUACCAGCUCGCCAGUGACAGGCUCAGAAGAUCGGGUCGUCCCGCUUCACUUCUUUGAGGACAGCCUGUUGGUCCAGGGGAACAACAUGGCUGUCUCUCUCGUGUUCGACGAUGUGCUGGAUCCCGAGAUGUUGAGAAGUUCUCUUGAGGGUCUCGUCAAGCGAGACGGCUGGCAGAGGCUCGGUGGCCGUCUCAGGAAAAAUGUUCGAAAAAUCGAAUGGCACAUCCCCCGAGAGUUCACCCCGUCACGGCCGGCCAUCCACUUCACACACGUCGACCACUGCAUUCCGGCAUCGCAGCACCCAGUCGCAUCGAAGAUCCCCGAGCCCAGUAUCCGUCCUUCGGUAGUUAGCGAUCCGGAUCUCCUGGAGGAUCUGGUCUGGGAGCCGGGUCGCCGGCCUAAUGGCAUUAAAGACUACCUGAACACAGACCUGCCGGUGCUUGGACUGAAGGUACACUCCUUCACAGACAGAACCAUCGUCGUGCUCAAGUGGCAGCAUGUUGCUUUCGAUGCACUUGGCAUGCAACAUGUCGUGAAUGGUUGGAUGAAGGUCCUGUGGGGGCGAGAGGACGAAGUCCCGACCCCUUGUGGUGUGGACAAAGAUCCUUUCGAGCCUCUGGCGACAGGUGCACGCAAGCCCACCGAGAGACACUUGUUGAUGGAUAGAAAAGUUGGCAUCUGGGGCAUGCUGAAAUGGGGUGCCGGUUACGGCAUCGAUAUGUUAGUAAGGGCCAAGGAGAACAGGAUGGUGUGCGUGCCGCGGUCAUUCUGGGAACCUCAGCUCGAAAAGGCUCUUCAGGAGCUAAGGAAAGAGGCUGAGAUAAAUGGAGAGGAUCCAGACAAAGUGUUUUUAACCGAGGGAGAUAUCUUGACCGCAUGGACGAUGAAGUGUGUGGUUGGGUCCAUGAAUAUGGACCCUAACAGAGUUGUCGCAGGAUCGAUCGCCAUGUCUCUUCGGAAAGCCUUCCAGGGCGACCUCCUUCCAGAAAAUGAAAAGGAACACCCUUAUAUUGGCAACGCCUUUGGAUGGGGUAAUGUGCUUGUUACCGCCAGCGAGGUGAUGAACAAGCCGUUGAGCUGGUUGGCUCGGCAGGUCCGACGAGCCAUCAACGAGCAGGGCACCCGAGCGCAACACGAGGCAUACUACGACAUGGUGCGGACGGUUGGCAAGGGCUUGCCCAUCAUCAUUUUUGGAGAUGGCGGCAUGUACCAGAUCGGCUUUUCCAACUGGACCAAAGCUGUAUUUAUUCAGGAAAACCACGGCCCUGUCAAGCCGGUUGAUGGAUUCUUCGUCAUUGGCAAGGAUGAGAAGGGGAACUACUGGACCUGUGCCUAUAAGGUGAAGGGCCAGUGGACGAAAUUUCAAGAUUUCUUGAAUCGCGAGUUCAGCCAAGUGUCUGAAAAGGCAUGA